CAUCCAACAUAGAAACCAUGUUCAAUCACAGCGAAAACCGUCAGAUUAGUAAGGUGUACGAAAGCGGAUCUACCGAAUCUAUUAUGAAAUUAAUAUCAAGAUCACGAAUUAAAAUGACAGUGGAACACAUGGCAUGGUCUUCUUACGAGACCUAUUUCUGAGACCUAGCAGAAGUGCGCCGGUCUUACAGAGUCCAAUCCUAUUAAGGGGUUAACAGGUAUCUGGUUAGAAGACGAACGACCCAGUCGUAUCUCGUAGCUGGUCAAGUGAACAGUGUUCAUUAAAAACACUAACACUUAAAUGAGGCAUCGAGAUUUUUAAAAUUAACAACGCGAGUCAAAGUUACCGAAAAUGGGUGAUAUAAUCGAAAUGACCGGUGGUGGGACCAACAUGGCGUACCACGGUCUCAGUCAGCACGUGAACUUCGACGUGAUACCGGAUCCCGACGAUCGUUUCGUCCUGGAGGAAUUGAUCGGCGAAGGAACUUACGGGGAGGUUUACAGCGCACACUGCAACGAAACUGGCAAUAAAGUUGCCAUCAAGAUCCUUGAGAACGUGGCGGAUAAUAUCGAGGAGAUCGAGGAGGAGUAUCUGGUGUUAAGAGAUCUGAGCCACCACCCGAAUAUCCCACAAUUUCAUGGUUUAUUUCUGAAGAGAGCGAAGCCAGCUCAGGAAGAGGAUCAAUUAUGGUUCGUCAUGGAGCUGUGCACUGGGGGAUCGGUUACCGAUCUCGUUCAAGGUUUGAAGAAGAAAGGGAGACGUUUGACCGACGAACAAAUAGCUUAUAUCCUACGGGAAACGGUGGAGGCGUUAGUUUAUUUACAUAGCAAUCACUGCAUGCACCGUGACGUUAAGGGGCAUAACAUUUUGCUCAACGAGGAUGCACACGUCAAAUUGGUGGACUUUGGCGUUUCUUCGCAUCUCGCUGAAACGCUCGCGAGGAAGAACACCUCGGUUGGUACACCUUAUUGGAUGGCACCCGAGGUGAUUGCUUGCGAGCAACAAUUGGAUUCCUCUUACGAUUCACGAUGCGACGUUUGGUCAGUUGGAAUCACAGCUAUCGAAUUAGCGGAGGGAGAUCCUCCGCUAUCCGACCUGCAUCCGAUGAGAGCUCUUUUUCAAAUCCCCAGAAAUCCACCGCCAUCUUUAAAGAAUCCGGAUAUCCAUUGUCCAGAAUUGGUGGAUUUCGUUACCGAAUGUUUGGUCAAAGAUCUCGAGUACCGACCAUUCGCCAGUGAAUUAAAAGAGCAUCCUCUCCUUAUCGGUGUCGAUGCGACUGUAGAAAAGGUCAGAGAGGAACUUAAAGAAGAGAUUCGUCGACAGAGAACCGACGGUAGGGUUCACACGCAACCGGAAGUGACCACGAAACAUGGAAAAUUGAAAACUGAUCGCAAAGCGAGACCAGAGAAAAUGUAUAUGGAUGAUUUAGCUGCUUUGGAUAUGUUAUCUGAAGAUGCAAUUGUUGAACAAUUGCAGCACAGAUAUGAACAAGCUCAAAUAUAUACUUAUAUCGGAGACAUACUUGUUGCUGUUAAUCCUUUUACUAAUUUAGGAUUAUACACGGGAAUUGAACAAAAAAGAUACAAAGGUCAAGCAAGAUCAGACAAUCCACCCCAUAUUUUCGCUGUCGCUGAUGCUGCAUACCAAGCAUUGCUACAUCAACGACUGAACCAAGCAAUAGUAAUUAGCGGUGAAUCAGGUGCAGGAAAAACAGAAAGCGCUAAUUUGUUACUCAAACAAUUAGUCUAUUUAAGCAAGGCUCCAAAUCGCAACUUGGAAGAGAGGAUCCUACAGAUUAAUCCAAUAAUGGAAGCCUUUGGUAAUGCGACUACUGGAAUAAAUGCAAAUUCAUCGAGAUUUGGAAAAUACUUGGAUUUGACUAUGACAAAAGGUGGAAAAGUCACCGGUGCCAGAAUAUCAGUUUAUUUAUUGGAGCAAUCUCGAGUUGUGGCUCAAGCUGAAGGUGAACGCAAUUUCCACAUAUUUUAUUACAUGUACGACGGUUUGGAAGCAGACGAUCGUCUCUCAGAGUUCUAUCUAGACUCAAACCUCAGGAAACAUCAUCGAUACUUGAUGGAUCAAAAUCAAACCUCCCAAACGCAUAUUGAUAAAUUCCAUCAAUUGAAGGCUGGAUUUAAAUUACUUGGCUUUCAAGAUAGCGAAGUGGAUACGGUGUAUCGUAUCCUAGCUGCUGUUCUUCAUCUUGGGGAUAUCGAGUUUGGAGAAGUGGCGAGUGAAGACAAUACUGAUAAUAAGAGUCGAGUUAUUGAUACAGCACCUUUGCACAGAGUCUCGCAAUUACUUGGUAUCGAGGAAAAUGAUCUCCUGGAAGCUUUGACAUCGAACUCUGUUAUGACCCGAGGAGAAACAAUUACGCGAAACAAUACGGUAGCCGAAGCUUGCGCGGCAAGGGACGCCAUGGCGAAAGGAUUGUACGGUCGAUUGUUCGAUUGGAUGGUCAAUCAAAUCAACUGUUUGCUUUGCUUCAAUCGUUCGCCUAACUACGAACCGUUGGCGAUCGGUCUUCUCGACAUUUUCGGCUUCGAAAACUUCCCGAGAAACUCGUUCGAGCAACUAUGCAUCAACAUCGCCAACGAACAGAUACAAUACUACUUUAAUCAACAUAUAUUCACGUGGGAACAGCAGGAGUACAUGGCUGAGGGAAUACCUGUGGAUCUAGUGGAAUUUUCGGACAACAGACCUGUUUUGGACAUGCUUUUGAGCAAACCAAUGGGACUUUUAGCUUUGUUGGAUGAAGAGAGUCGGUUUCCUAGAGCCACCAAUAAAUCGUUAAUUGAGAAGUUCCAUAACAACAUCAAGUCGAAAUUCUACGUGCGACCAAAAUCGGAUGCUGUUUGUUUCGCUGUUCACCAUUUCGCAGGACGCGUGGUUUACCAAGCGGAAGGAUUCUUGGAAAAGAACAGAAAUUUCCUGCCCCCGGAGGUCAUCCAACUUGUCAGACAAUCUCAGUACGACAUGGUUCGUUUCUUGUUCCAAUGUCCUAUCACAAAGACUGGCAACCUGUAUUCAGCUGUUCACGAAACUGAUUCCAAGAAGUUGUCGCAAUCAAAUCAGAAUACCAAGGAACGUUACUCUAGUCGUGGAUUGGCUUCGCAGUCAAGAGCUCAACAAACUGUGGCAACUUAUUUCCGAUACUCGCUUAUGGAUUUAUUGCAAAAGAUGGUAUCAGGAUCACCCCAAUUCGUACGAUGUAUAAAACCAAACGACUCUAGAAGUCCACAAUUCUUUGAUAAAGAGAAAGUCGUGAAGCAAUUGAGAUACACUGGGGUCUUGGAGACAAUAAGAAUCAGACAGAACGGAUUUUCGCAUAGAAUACCGUUUAAUGAAUUUUUAAAGAGAUACUGUUUCUUGGCGUUUGGCUUCGACGAACGAGUGGUAGCUAAUCGCGACAACUGUCGUCUUCUCCUGAUUCGCUUAAAAAUGGAUGGAUGGGCGUUAGGUAGAACAAAAGUCUUCCUCAAAUACUACCACGUCGAGUUUCUGUCAAAGAUGUACGAGGAACAACUUCGAAAAAUCAUCAUGGUUCAGUCAUGCGUUCGUCGAUGGCUCGCUAAGAUUCGAUUCAGAAAACAAAAAUGGCAAUUCGCUGUGUCGGUUGUUACUCUCCAACGACACAUACGUGGAUGGUUAUCGAGAAAACAUCUGUUGGAGGAAAUGAAGAAGAAACAGGAAGAGGAAGAAUCUACUGUUCUACAGAAAGCGCAAGAAGAACAAGCAGAGAAGGCUGCAGCUGAAGAAGCAGAGAGAGAACUUGAAGAAAAUGAAGAGGAAACAGAUAAGGAAGGAUUGAAGGAAGAUGAUGCUGCAGUCAUUAUUCAAAGCCAUUUCAGAGGCUACACCAUUCGCAAGCGUUUCGGAGCCGAGCACGAGGAACGUUUCAAGAAUAUCUUGAACAACUACGACGACAAAGAGGAAGCGCAUAAAGCGUUACUGAGAGAAGGCUUAAAGAACGAGGAUGCUGAAAUGAUCGUUGAAAAAUGGUACAAAAAGGAAGAAAGAGUUCAAAAGAAAAAACCACCUGUGAAAGACACUGUGCAUCCUAAAUUGAGACAAGCUGAUCUUAUACAAUUUUCUCAGAAUGUUCACAUGAAGAAUCAAGAAGUGCACAAGAAUCUACGUCGCAACAAGCCUGGAAUACGAUUGAACGACAUCGAGGAGCCCCCGCCGGAUUACGUCCAACCGGAAGGAUUCAAAAUGGUUCAGCCAAUCCUACAAUACCGAAGCGGAGGUCAAGCGGAUGGAGAGGAGACCAUCAAGUACUAUCGUGACCUGAAGGAUGAAAUGAGCAGUGGUUCGGACUUCGACGAAGACGAAGCUGGUUGGGACUUACCGUUGAUACAGCUAGAAAAUGACCUUCACCCAUUGUCGAGGAGUCGAAUGGGGCAGGUUCUGGAAGUAAACGCCGAGAGGAAAGAACGUUUGGAAGCUCAGGGCGACUACUCGAUAGCCCCGGAGCAACAUCUCUCCGAUAUAUGGCACAAAGCUUUGAGAAAUCCGAGCGAGAGUCCAGAACAAGAGAAUUCUGGCAGACCGAGUACAAGGAUUAAUCACCUGUCUAAUAACAAGCUGCAGUCCCCUGAGGGCAAUCCGCGCCGUAAACAACAUGCGGUCGACUCUUCGAAUCUCAACAAUCCAAAUGGCAUACGAUCCAGAUACAUCCUUAGAUACAAUGAUGUUAAUGAGCGUCAACCACCGAUCAUCGGUCAGCAACGUGUCGUCAAUGGACACUCUAUAAAUAGCCAUCAGAACUUCACAAACGGUCAUCCACAAUUUACCAAUGGGUACAUUCCCCAAAAUAAUCGUCAUUAUCUGAUGAAUGGACACGAACCACCAAAUGGUCGUUCAAACCCUCCGAUGAACAAGAUGAAUGGGCAUGCACCGAGCAGCAAUGGAUAUCGAAACGUCUUCACUGCAUGCCAGAAUGGUUUAUUCAUCAACAAGAUGGUUAUGGACGAUGAGUUAAUUAAACCAUCGAAAUUGAGCAAUGGCUUGAGAAGCCAUUCAAAUGAUAGAACAAGGGAAUUGCUGCCUACGAAGGAGAAUAGUAAUUUGAAGAAGAAUCGACCGAUUGGUGCGGAUGGUAAAAAUGGGAUCAAUAAUCGGUUGGUUAAUUGUCAGAACGCUAUUAAUGGUCGAUUAGGACGGAAAGAGAUGGAGAAGGAUACACGCGGUAUUCCAACCGAUCUUAGACAAGUACUGAGGCCAACCGCGGUUCGAAAGCAAGAGAUCAUCAAAGUGGAUUACGAUCCGGAAGACAUCAACGGACCGUAUAAUUUCAGGCAGCUAUUGAGACCAGCUGAAUAUCUGCCGACUGAAUCUUUAAGGAAACGAAAGGGUGGAGUAGCUUGCAACGGCGUUUCCGUGUCAAAGGACAAAGUUCCUGAGAAACACGUGAAAAGAAGAGCGCCUUUGGCUCCCAAUCAAAACAAGCUCGUUCACGCGAAGAAGUAAUUCUAUGCUUGAACGUUCGAACUAUCUUAGAGCAGAUGUUAAUUGAUGAUUAGUUAAACCCAGUAUCGAUUAAUUUCUGAUGGUAUAGUAACGUUCCAGUGGAAAGAAAAGAAAUCUGUAGGGAAACACAGCACAGGAAGCGUGUAAUUAAUUUAGUGCUAUGAAAGUUUAAUACUCCUAAAAAUUAGAAAUUAAUUAUUCUCACGCGAAACUUAAUUUCAUAGAUGAUUUUGUGGGGCUUUUAUUUUGUUUAAAAGAGAAAAUCAGAAUUUUCUUUCCCUUUGAUUCCUUUUUAUGUUAGGUUAAUUCAACAUUUCUCUGUAGCCGUUUGAAAAAGGAUAUUUGUCAGUAUUUAUUAAAAACAAUUGCUGUUUCUCAACAAAAUAUAUUGCAAUGAUAUUGUUUAUUUAGAACUAGUCAUGUGUAGCUUUAUGAAAGAUUUAGAUGUGUUCGAUAGUGUUAAUGAAGAAAAAA